GGGGUUUCCUUCAUACAUCAGGAGGGCUUCCUCUUCACACAAUCAUCACAACCAGCUGAGGGUCUGCACACUACACACCAUCAUGGAGUCUCAGGUCAGACAAAACUUCCACCAAGACUGCGAGGCGGGCCUCAACCGCACGGUGAACCUGAAAUUCCACAGCUCCUACAUCUACCUGUCUAUGGCCUCCUAUUUUAACCGCGACGAUGUAGCCCUUUCUAAUUUUGCCAAGUUUUUCCGGGAACGUUCAGAAGAGGAGAAGGAGCAUGCGGAGAAGCUAAUCAAGUACCAGAACCAGAGAGGAGGCCGGGUGUUCCUCCAGAGUAUAGAGAAACCAGAGCUUGACGACUGGAAGAAUGGUUUGGAGGCACUGCAAACUGCUCUAAAGCUGGAGAAAUCUGUAAACCAGGCUCUGUUGGACCUCCAUGGUGUGGCUGCUGAGAAGAGUGACCCUCACAUGACGGACUUCUUGGAGUCUCCUUAUUUGUUGGAGAGCGUAGAGACGAUGAAAAAGCUUGGAGAUCACAUCACCAGCUUGAAGAAGCUUUGGUCUAGCCACCCUGGCAUGGCUGAGUACUUAUUCAACAAACACACGCUUGGCUGAAGCUUCUAGCGCAGUUACAAGGCUAUUUUUCCGAUGGCUCUGUGAAGGCUGCAGAAAGAUAUAUAAUUUAUAUCGUCAAAAAAAAAAAAUCACUUCUACCAGCAUUCAUUUAUACAAUAAAUUUUGGGACCAAUUCUAGUUUUCAA